GCAAAAACAAUUUCCCUGCACUUCUCCUUUGUAGAUGCGAAAUCUACCUCCAUGUGUUUCCACAAAUCGUAACGUACACCAAUCUCCAUGGCCUCUCUCUCGAGAUCCAAUUCCUUCCUUGAAAAAAAACCCUUUGUACCUUGCCUUCUCCUGCACAGCCUCUUUUCUCUUUGCAGUUUUUAAGCUUAACAUAAAAACAAACAGGUAAUUUGACUUUGCUGCUGCAUUUGGAAUAUAAAGCAACGACGAUCUCCAGCAAUUCUAAAUCAUGAAGAUUUCUUGUUGGAUUUUGAUUCUAUGGCUUCUUCUUUGCAUUCUCGCAUCUGGGUCUCUUUCAAUUGACAAUUUUAACCAAGCGUUUCCUAUCAUUGAACCUGAUCCUGGCCAUACAAAACUUCGUCUUUCAAGUGAAGGCUUGGAAGCCAUCAAACGAAUAACAAACCCAAUUGCUGCUGUUUCUGUAAUCGGUCCAUAUCGCUCUGGAAAAUCUUUUCUGCUCAAUCAGCUUCUUUCCCUUUCUUGUUACGAAGGUUUUGGUGUUGGACAUAUGCGUGACACAAAGACCAAAGGGAUUUGGGUCUGGGGAACCCCGCUUGAAUUGGACAUCAAUGGAGUGAAAACUUCUGUGUUUUACCUUGAUACAGAGGGAUUUGAAAGUAUUGGGAAAUCUAAUGUUUAUGACGAUCGGAUUUUUGCUUUGGCAACUGUUUUGAGCUCUGUGAUUAUUUAUAAUCUGCCUGAGACGAUCCGAGAAGCUGACAUAUCUCGUCUGUCAUUUGCUGUUGAGCUUGCUGAAGAAUUUUAUGGAAGGUCCACAGGCCAAGAUGUUGCAUUUGAACCUGCAAAACUUCUAUGGCUUAUCCAGCGUGAUUUUCUACAGGGGAAGUCAGUGCAACAAAUGGUGAACGAAGCCCUCCAACAUGUUCCUAACAGUGAUGGGAACAAAAAUAUUGAUCAGGUUAAUCAGAUCCGAGACUCAUUGGCUAUUAUGGGUGAUAACAGCACCGCCUUUAGCUUGCCACAACCUCAUCUCCAGCGAACAAAGCUUUGUGACCUGAAGGAUGGUGAGCUCGAUCCUAUAUAUGUUAAGAAGAGGGAGCAGUUAAAAGAACUUGUUGCUAGCAUUAUUCGUCCAAAGAUUGUGCAGGGUAAAUCUCUAAAUGGAAAGGAGUUUGUAGCUUUCUUGGAGCAGAUACUCGAAGCUUUGAAUAAAGGAGAGAUCCCAUCAACAGGCUCUCUGGUGGAGGUUUUCAAUAAGGGUAUUCUUGAGCGAUGUUUGAAGUUAUACAGUGAAAUGAUGGCAAAGUUACGCUUGCCACUUCCUGAGAAAUCUCUGCAAAAUGUCCAUGACAGCUCUAAAGGGGAAACAAUGAAAUCUUUUGAUGAACAACAUUUUGGCCGUCACCAUGCGAAGAGAUCUGUCAUGCAGCUGGAUGAAGAAAUAGAGAAGGUUUAUAAGAAUUUCAUAAUGGCAAAUGAGUAUCAAUCAGCAAAGCUCUGUGAGGCACUGUAUACCAGAUGUGAGGACAGAAUGGACCAGCUUCAGGUUCUCAGACUUCCUUCCAUGGCAAAAUUCAAUGCAGGCUUCCUGCAAUGCAACCAAAGUUUUGAACGGGAGUGUGUUGGACCUUCAAAGGCAAAUUAUGAGAAUCGAAUGAUUAAGAUGAUGGGGAAAUCAAAAUCUUCAUUUAUAAAGGAAUACAACCACAGGCUAUUCAAUUGGUUGGUGGCCUUCUCCCUCGUCAUGGUGGUAGUGGGCCGGUUUAUUAUCAAGUUUAUUUUGAUAGAAAUUGGUGCAUGGAUACUUUUUAUCUUCUUAGAGACCUACACGAGGAUGUUCUGGUCUGCAGAGUCUCUCUAUUACAACCCAGUUUGGCAUUUUAUUGUUGCAACCUGGGAAACACUUGUCUACAGCCCUAUCCUUGAUUUGGACAGAUGGGCAAUACCACUUGGUUUCGUGGUGGCGAUUUUGGUAGUAUAUUGGCGAUGUUAUGGUGGAAGGAAAAAUGGGUCACGCUGGCUGUUACCUUUAUACAAUAAUCAUAAAGGGGGCACUGAUAGGCCAAGAACAGACUAAAUGAAUUGCUACCAUGUGCCUUGAACAUCUGGCAUAUUCUUUGCUGCAAUCAUUUUGGGUGAGCUUUACUUUUUUUCACAUACAAAGCCCGCCAUUCUUCUUCUUUCCUUUUGUUCCUGGAAACAUUUGUUCUCGGUGCGAGGCUGAUGAUGAGAUGAGUUUUGCCUGGUCACACUAGUAUCAUUUCUCCAUCAUCGUGUCCAGGCCAUUUACAUUGUUGUAAUCUGCUAGUUACUUAAAAUGUCUGUUAUUUCUCGGGUUUAGUUUCCCUAUGCUAAUGCUGUAAAAGUAUAGUCUUAUGAAAUCAUAUUUGACCAUUCAAUUAGAUCUGCAUUACUGACUGUACAGACACAAUAUUAUUCGAUUACAUUAUAAAGAAGAAAAGCUGAUAUUCUAUUCUCUCA